CGCCCCCUGACCCCGCGCCGCCGCGCGCGCUGCGGCCUCGGCGUAAGGGUUGGCGCCGGCCCGGGUGCUGCGGUCGCGGGCUUCCGUCUCCGCGGCGCCGCGGCCCAUGGGGAGAGUCGGCCGGGCGGGCCGGCAUUAAACUCAAAAGAUGUCCCUAUACGAUGACCUGGGAGUGGAGACCAGUGAUUCAAAAACAGAAGGCUGGUCCAAAAACUUUAAACUUCUGCAGUCUCAGCUUCAGGUCAAGAAGGCAGCUCUCACACAAGCAAAGAGCCAGAGAACGAAACAGAGUACGGUACUUGCCCCAGUAAUCGACCUAAAGCGAGGUGGCUCUUCAGACGACCGGCAGAUCGUGGACACCCCCCCGCAUGUGGCGGCAGGCCUGAAGGAUCCUGUUCCCAGUGGAUUUUCUGCAGGAGAAGUUUUGAUUCCUUUAGCUGAUGAAUAUGAUCCCAUGUUUCCUAACGAUUAUGAGAAAGUAGUGAAACGCCAAAGAGAGGAACGACAGAGACAGCGGGAGCUGGAAAGACAGAAAGAAAUAGAAGAGAGAGAAAAGAGGCGUAAAGACAGACAUGAAGCUAGUGGGUUUUCAAGGCGACCAGAUCCAGAUUCUGAUGAAGAUGAGGAUUAUGAGCGGGAGAGGCGGAAAAGAAGCAUGGGCGGAGCUGCCAUCGCACCACCCACUUCUCUUGUAGAGAAAGACAAAGAGUUACCCCGAGAUUUCCCUUACGAAGAGGAUUCCAGACCUCGCUCUCAGUCUUCCAAAGCUGCUAUCCCUCCUCCAGUAUACGAGGAACAAGACAGACCCAGAUCUCCAACUGGACCUGGCAACUCCUUCCUUGCCAACAUGGGUGGCACAGUAGCACAUAAAAUCAUGCAGAAGUACGGCUUCCGGGAAGGCCAGGGUCUUGGGAAGCACGAACAAGGGCUGAGCACAGCACUGUCAGUGGAGAAGACAAGCAAGCGAGGAGGCAAGAUCAUUGUGGGUGAUGCCACAGAGAAAGAUGCAUCCAAGAAGUCAGAUUCAAAUCCAUUAACUGAAAUACUUAAGUGUCCUACCAAAGUGGUCCUCCUAAGGAACAUGGUUGGUGCAGGAGAGGUAGAUGAAGACUUGGAAGCAGAAACCAAGGAAGAGUGUGAAAAAUACGGCAAAGUUGGAAAAUGUGUGAUAUUUGAAAUUCCUGGUGCCCCUGAUGAUGAAGCAGUACGAAUAUUUUUAGAGUUUGAGAGAGUUGAGUCAGCAAUUAAAGCUGUUGUUGAUCUGAAUGGGAGGUAUUUUGGUGGACGGGUGGUAAAAGCAUGUUUCUACAAUUUGGAUAAGUUCAGGGUCUUGGAUUUGGCCGAACAAGUCUGAUUUUAAGAACUAGAGCACGAGUCAUCUCCGAUGAUCCUUAAAUGAGCUGCAGGCUGAGCAGAGAAGGAAAAGGCCUCAGCCAGCCUGUGUGGCUGCUGCGUACAGAGACUCUUGGAAGGACUUCUAAGAUAUAUGUUGAUUGAUCCCUUUUUUAUUUUGUGGUUUUUUAAAUAUAGUAUAAAAAUCCUUUAAAAAAAAACCAACAAUCUGUGUGCCUCUGGUUGUUUCUCUUUUUUUUAUUACCACUUCUGAGAUGAUUACAUUUUUUGCUAGGAUUUCAUGAUAAUUCUCAAGUGCUUCAGUGAUACAGCAUUUCUUGCACUAAAAAAUCUAGAAAGUUUUGGGAUAUGGGGUUGUAUUGUUACCCUUUGCUUUUCUUUCUUUUUUGAAUUAUUUUAAUAAAACCUGCAAGUUACUAAACUGUAGCUUCAUAAGUUCUAUAAUAAAGCAUCAUCUUGGCAGUUUGCCAAAGGUGAACAUGUUUGCUUUCUCUAA